AUGAGGGACCUUAGUGAAGUGGCUAAUCGACAAAAACGCACAAAAUUAACCGAUCUGAACUCUCAACUGAAUGAAUUUACAAAAGAAAAUAAUAUUGAUGUGAAUCAGGUGCUCGGAUAUGUAUUGUACCAGCGCAAUUAUAAUACAAAAAAGCAUUUGGCAAAAUUAGGCGACGAACUGUAUAGAACGGGAAAUAUUGCCGAAGCAGCUCAUAGUGGUCUCGACCUCGAUCACACACUUGCGCUCAAAACACAUAUCAACAUGAGUCGCAAUGAUAUGGAUUUUAUAAAGAGCUACUUCCGCGAUGCAUUUUGGGCGAAGCCAUUAGCGCUGAUAGCUGAGAAAGAAAAUCCCGAACUUAUUCGCUUCGUGAAUGAAACAUUCGAGCCUCAAGAACAGAUGCUACGAGGAAAUGGUCUUUCUUUUGAUCAUAACGGACAAACCUACAAAGUAUCCAUAGUUAUUGAAGAUUCAAUGAAAGACAUGAAAGUACGCAUGGUCGAAUCCGGUCUAGGAGGGGCCGACUGUCUUAUGUGUUACACGCGACAAACGGAAUGGAAAGACGUGAAGAAAUUGAAUGAAGAAAAUGCCUUUCUCAUUACUCGUACAGCUGAAAAGACGAUGAAUUUGUACAAUGAAAUGAUCAGGGAGAGUGGAGAAAUUAAGAAAAGAAAAAAUGACUAUGAAACGAGAGCGGGUCUAACAUCUGAGCCUCUUUCUACUAGCGAUCACCAUUUUCUCACUCUAACACAUCAAUAUAUCAAUGGAACUACUUGGUUUCUUCACAUUCUCUAUAGAAUCAAAGCGAAUCUUUUCACAUGGGCUGUUCGAGGAGAGAAAAAUCAAGAAAAUCUCAAAAAGGCGAAGGACUUUGUAUUAACAUCUAUACAAGAAAAAACUGGACUGAAAUUAGAUCAAAUUGACUCGUCCGCUGGACACACAGGCACGAGUACAACUGGACAACAAGGCAGACGAUUUUUCUCGUACGAAUUAAGAGAGAAAAUUGUUGAAAGUGUUCCAGAUAAGCACAAGCAAAAGUUCUCUCGAUUAAUGCACAUGUACUCAGUUAUUCUUCGUGCGGUAUCUUCUACUCAAUCCCUCAAUCUAGCUGAAUUGAAAAAACUAACUGUGGAUUUCAGUCUCUUUAUUGCUAAUGAAUUCUCUUGGGUUGAUUACAACAUUACUGUUCACAAUCUCAUAUUUCAUUCGACUGAAUUAGUGGAAAGAAUCGAUGGCAUCGCUUUAGGAGAGUUAAGUGAAGAGGCACUCGAAAGUUGCAAUAAGGAUGUUCGAAAUUAUCGAGAGUUUUUAUCCCGUAAAUGUGGACACAUACCAAAUCUCACGGAUGUAGUCAACCGAUUAUUCGUUCGGUCGGAUCCGCUUAUUCGGCACAUUAUCAUACAGUCUCAGUCGAAGAAAGAGAAGAGAGAGUGCACGGUACAGGUAACGGCUAGUGCAAAUGAAGAUGACCCUGUUUGGGCUAAGAUCUUGAUUUAA